AUGUCUGCAUCCCCGCCAACCCAGACGACCAAUUCAGCCAAGCGUCCCCUAGAGGCGCCCUCAUCACCUUCGCACGAGGGUGACCAGCCCGACGCCAAGCGGCCCGCCCUCGACAAGGUCGUGCAGCACGACGAUGAAGUCGAGCACGAAGCGGCCCCUGUCGCCACCGAGGAGCAACCCGCGCCCGAAUCUGCAGCGCACGAGGAUGGCGAUGAGGACGGUGCUAGUGUCACUGUCGCCGAAGAGGCAGAGCCCAUGCCGGAAGUAGCUGACCCCAAGGCGGCGGCGGCGACCGUGGCGUCCACAACAGAAACAGCCGUCAACUCGGCAUCGGCUCACGACGAGACAGCCUGGAUACACAUCCGCGCUGUCAUCUCCAGCCCCGAGGCGGCCACGAUUAUCGGCAAGGGCGGCGAGAAUGUCUCCAACAUUCGCAAGCUCUCCAACGCCAAGUGCACCGUCAGCGACUAUCAAAAGGGGGCGGUCGAGCGAAUCCUGACAGUCAGCGGUAUAGUGGACGCUGCUGCCAAGGCUUUUGGCCUGAUCAUCCGCACCUUGAACAACGAGCCCCUGAACGAGGCCUCCACGGCCUCGUCCAAGACCUACCCCCUGCGCCUCCUGGUGCCUCACAUCCUGAUCGGUUCCAUCAUUGGCAAGGGUGGUGCUCGCAUCCGCGAGAUCCAGGAGGCGUCGGGUGCUCGACUCAACGCCUCCGACUCUUGUCUGCCCAUGUCGAGCGAGAGGUCGCUCGUCGUUAUGGGUGUUGCGGACGCCGUGCACAUUGCUACGUAUUAUGUGGGCAGUACCCUACUGGAGCAACUGAACGAGCGUUUCGGAGGUCCCGCUGCCUCGGCCUACGCCACGCGCAGCGGCCAGCCUGCCGGCUCCAUCCCCGGCGGGAUGCAGGUCGUGCCCUACUCACCACAGCCCGCGUCCGGCCACUUUGGACGGGGCGAGAACUACUACCGCCAGAACGACCGUCGCGGUGGACACAUGCCUCCCCAGGCGUACCCGCCGCAGUAUCCUCCGCACGGCGGUCAUGGACACCCUCAGCAGCCUGUGCCUCAGCCGUAUGGAGGACCACACGCCGGCUACGGCGCCCCUGCGCACGCGCAGCCCCACAUGGGCGGCCCGCCGCAGCAGCCGCAAGGCCAGCCUAUGCCUCCUCAGCAGGGAGCCCCUGCCGGCGCGCCCGGUGGCCCGAUCACGCAGCAAAUCUACAUCCCCAACGACAUGGUGGGCGCCAUCAUCGGAAAGGGCGGCCAGAAGAUCAACGAAAUACGCCAGAUGAGCGGCAGCAUGAUCAAGAUCAACGACCCGCAAGACAAUAGUAAUGAGCGUCUCGUGACCGUGACCGGAACGGAGGAGUGCAACCGCAUGGCCCUGUACAUGCUGUACUCUCGUCUUGAAUCGGAGAAGCACCGCGUGUAG